UCCCGCGGAACGUGAACGCACCACGACUUCCUCCCCUCGCAAGCCGCGCCUGGUCUGCUCUCGGUGGGGACGGAGGGGGCCGCCCGACGGACCAGCGACAGCCCAUCUUCCGUAAAAAACAAAACACACACACACACACACACACCAUGUGAAGAAAAAGAAAAAAUCAUUUAAGAAGUGGCUGCAGAAAGCCGAGCUACCGAAACGCAGUCCUUCGACAGAGAGCGGAUGGACAGAGCGGGAGAGGAGCCUCACCGACGGUAGAAGAAACUUCUACCAUGCCGACGAGCGACGGCCCCGGCCGCUUCCCGGUGUUUGCGGCUCCGGCCCACGGCAACCACCAGAGGUCUGCGGGUUAUGUCCCCGGGCGGGUGGCUCCGGUCCGCUCGCCACCACCCGCCAAGGCUCCGCCGCCGCCGCCGCCGAUAAAGCCCCACCAGCCCCCGCCGGACCGCCGGGCCACCUUCACCCUGUCGGAGGAGAACCAGCGCAGGGAGCGGGCUCAGAACCUCCAGCAGAGGAAGAACACAUUCAUCUGUUUUGGUGUGUCCGUCGGGAUUUUAGUCUUCACCCUCAUCCUCGUUCUCAGUAUCUCAAGCGGAGACGUGUUAGAUGCCAAUUGUCCGGACCACAAUCCAUCGCUUACUAGCUGGGACCCGGGCCACCAAGCAGGGACCGCCGUUACUGUCCGGAGGGGACAUUUAUUGAGAUUGGAGUCUUCUGCUACCUUCCACUCACUAACCAUCCAGUCAGGAGGUCGCGUAGUUUUCGCGGACAACGCCGACGGCUCCAAACGCAUAACCUUGAGAACUCGUCACAUCCUCAUAGAAGACGGCGGAGCCCUUCACGUCGGCGCGCCAAAGUGCCGCUACCGCUCGCGCGCCACCAUCGCCCUGGUGGGCCGCUCCGACGACGCGGCGGUGCCCGAAGUGCCCGAAUUCGGCCGCAAGUUCAUAGGAGUCAUGAGGGGCGGCGCUCUGGAGCUCCACGGCACUCAGAGAGUCUCCUGGUCUCUGCUCACCCGAAGCGUCCCGGCCUCCGGUCUGAGCACGGAGGGCUACGCCUUCCACCGCACCUUCAGCAGAGGCAUCAACCUGCGCGUGGUCGACCAGGACACGGCCGCCGUGCUCCUCUCUGAGCGCUACGACACGUACGACUCCCGCAACGACAGUCGGCGGCUGACCCAGCUGCUGCGCGCCCUGCCGGCCGGCCGCAUCGUCACGCUGGCCGUCGGAGACUCCGCAACCAAAAGUCUUCUGGAUGAAACCAAGAAGGCCAUCGAGGAAAAGCUGGGCAGCCGAUUCGUCUACGAUCUCAAAUACAGAGAGGCGUGGGCUUUGGUCUCGGUGGUGGGCGGUGGGAACGCUUCGUGCUCCGAGGACGUGAGGGAAUACGAAAACCACGACACGGGAGGGAGAGCUGUGGCAAGACGGAACUUCACCACUGUGAACGGGGACGGCUUCUCGGUCACUGCCUACAGCGAGUGGAAGGAUGGUUUUCCCAUCUCUGGCUUCCAGGUGGACGCUGUGGACCAGGUGCUGCUGAACCUGCAGGACAAAGUGCAGCAGACCUGGCAACCCGGGGAUAGGAUCGUGGUUGCCAGCACGGACUACUCCAUGCACCAGGCAGAAGAGUUUACCUUGUUGCCCUGCCCUCAGUGUCACGCCAAGCAAGUCAGGAUACAAGGGAGGCCUCAGUAUCACCAUGUUGGAGAGAUCAUUGACGGGGUCGACAUGCGGGCCGAAGUCGCUCUGCUCUCCAGGAACAUUCUCGUCCACGGAGAAAUGGAAAACUCGUGCUACGGGAACAACUUGUGCCAGUUCUACAACCACGACACCUAUGGGGGCCACAUUAAGAUUGUAGGUAACUUCUCAUCGGUGCAUCUGUCCCACGUGGAGCUGAAGAACAUGGGCCAGCAGGCGGAGAAUGGCCGCUACCCGCUCCACUUCCACUUGUGCGGGGAUGUGGACCGGCAGGGAGGCUACCGGGAGCCCACCUACGUGGACGGUCUCUCCAUACACCACUCCUUCUCCCGCUGCCUCACCAUCCACGCCACCAACGGUUUGCUGGUGAAGAACACCGUGGGCUAUGACACUUUGGGUCACUGUUUCUUCCUUGAGGAUGGGAUUGAGCAGCGGAACACUUUCUACCACAACCUCGGCUUGCUCACUCGACCCGGCACCAUUCUGCCCACUGACCGUAACGAGACCCUCUGCACCAGCAUCAAGGACAAAGUCUACAAGGGCUACACUCCCUCGCCCAGCACAGAGUGCAAGGCAGUUUCAACAUUCUGGAUUGCCAACCCCAACAACAACCUCAUCAGCAAUGCAGCUGCUGGUUCUCAGGAUGCUGGCAUAUGGUUUGUGUUCCACAGCUCGUCCACCGGACAUUCUCAUGGGCUGGUACCAGAGACCAAGGCAGAGCUCACUCCCCUCGGGAUAUUUUACAACAACCGCGUCCACUCCAACUUUAAGGCAGGUUUGUUCAUUGAUAAAGGAGUGAAGACCACAAAUGCUACUGCUGCAGACCCCCGGGAAUACCUGUGUCUAGAGAACGGUCCCAGAUUCCGACCACACCAAAAUGCCGACCCCAGCCGACAGCGGGUGGCGGCAGUCAUCGACACGCUGAUCUCCUUCAAGAACAACGACUUGGGCGCGUGGAUUCGGGGAGGGGACAUCGUCAUCCAGAACUCUGGAUUUGCAGACAACGGAGUAGGCUUGUCUUUUGCCAGUGAUGGCAGCUACCCAAAGGAUGAGGGAUCCAGUCAGGAGGUGACACAGUCUCUGUUUGUGGGGGAAAGCCGAAACAGAGGCACCAACGGAGGACAGAAUAAAUACUGGGGUUUAGGAGGUGCUGAUGCUAAAGGGAGAACACUACCUCGAAACAGGACUUUCCCUAUCCGAGGUUUCCAGAUCUACGAUGGACCGGUGCGGCUCACACACAGUACGUUUCGUGGAUUCAUCCCCACACCUGAGCGUUAUACCAGCGCAGUUGGAUUCUACUUGAAGAACACCUGGCAGCUCACCCCACAAAAUAACCUGUCCCUGCUCAACUUCCACUCCAGUGUGGGUCUGCGGGCAUUCUUCGGGCGCCCGGGGGAGUGGUUUGAACAGAACGACCUGGACGGUGACAAAAACUCCAUCUUCCAUGAUGUGGACGGGUCAGUAACGGGUUACAUGGAUACCUACGUUGGCAGAGCAGACAAUUACCUGAUCCAACAUCCCGGCUGUGUGAAUAUCUCCCAGUGGAAUGGAGUGAUCUGCAGUGGCCGCUACGCUCAGGUGUACAUCCAGACGCAGGGAGCCCCGAGCCUUAGUUUAUCCAUCUGCAGAGAUGAAUAUCCUGACUCUCCUCUGGUGCUGAGGGGGAUCAACAGCCAGAGUGCCCUUUCUCAGCAGUACCAGCCCAUCCUGAUGAUGAGCAAGAGCUACAGUCUGCACUGGAGUGGUCCUGCACCAAGAGAGGUGGUCCUCUCUCUCAUCAACUUUGACAAAGAUGAUUGGGUGCUUGUGGGUCUCUGUUACCCAUCAGACACCAUGUUUCAGAUUAUGGCCGACAUCAACGAUAGACAAAACAACACCUUUGAUGAGCUCACAGACUAUGGCACUGUGUCAUCCCUCAAAGAGCUGGAGAAGAGGCCGAUGGAGAGGAAGUACUUCUUUGACCAAAGUGUUGGCUUGUUGUGGCUCUACCUCCGCGCCCGGCACGGCCGUGAUGGUUACGGCUACUGUUCAGCAAAAGGCUGCGAACGAGUGAAAGUCAUGGCUACCACGACGUCCAAAAAGACCUGCAACUGUACAUCCCAGGCCUACCCCAAGUACUACAAGACCCCCUCGGCAGUGGUACCUAUGCCAACGCUCAAUGCCCAGGCCUGCAAAGGCUGUGGUGCUAAAGAGCUGGUGUUUUCCAGUGAGCCAUGGACCUCCUACGUCCAGACACAAGCCAAGUCCCUGAGUAGUGAAGAGCUGAACAAAGGAGACAACAUCUCCUUCAUCAGUGUGAAUACGGUGGCCAUGCCCUUCACACAGCCUGGGUACUUCCUGGUCUCUGUGGACGCCUGCUCUGGGAAAGUCACCAAGAAAACCUUAUUUGCCAAGAUGGACGCCACGAUGGAAAAGUACCUGAAAACUGGAAUACCAAAUAGGUCCAUAGUGCUCAUGGCAACGCGAGGUCAACCAGAGGGCCUGGUUGGUGUCGCACCAUAUUUGGUCUCCUUCGGUUUGACCAAAGCUGCUGAUCUGCACAGUAAAGAGAGUCUGGCACUUUGGGGGUUCCGGGGUAGUUCUCCACCCCCUCCUUGGGUCUCCCUACAAGCUGGGCAGGGCAAUGAGACCCUGGGGCUGCAGGAGCGGUAUUUGCCUCUGGGUCUGGAUGAAUAUGGCUGCACGUCACCUGAAGUUCAAGUGCGCAAAGACCUGGAGCUGCUCAAAAUAGCCACAGGACUACAAUGACAGUUGUGACCUUUACACCUUUGCACACAGAUACACACGCAACCAGCUGUUGAAUGUGAACUGCUGAACCUUUUUAAUUUAUUAAUAAUGGCAUUGAUGUUUACCCAUUUCAAGUGAAGAGAAGGUAUUUUAUUUUGAAUGGGAUGAGGUUUUUUUGUGUGUGUGUGUGUGUAAGUAUGCUAUGGGGCCUUUUGAGUCAAUGCACUUUCCUUUGUUAAAUACACAACUUGCCUUAUCAGCUAAAGUGAUCAAAUGGACCUUUUUAUAAUAACUCCGUUGUUGUCCGCCCCAAAGCAGCAAUCUUAUUAUUCAUGUAGUAACAAAAAACGAAUGAAUUGGUUCUGAAAAAUG